CUGGGAGCCCGGGGCACCGCCACUGUCCUCGCUGAGCCCCCCGCACAAAGAGCUAUGGGGAACACUUGCUCCCGCCCAGCCUACGGCAGCGCUCGCUGGCCUGGCUUCCGAGGGGGCGGGCCUGGGUUUCCACGCGCCAGGGACGAACUGGGCCCCGCGGUCACGCGGGCUCCCUGCCGAGAGAGCUGUUUCUUCCCGCCCUCCCCGCUACCACCGGCCUCUCGCCCCAGUCCCGGGAUCACUGCCCUGCCCCAGGCCCCUCGUACACCCGCGCGGGAUCGCUCGCCCCCCAGUACUUCAAACGCAGCCCGUCCGACCGCACAGCUCCUACUCUGCCGCGCCCGCCUCGCCCUUUUAAAAAGCCGAGCCCAGCACGGCUCUUUUCUGCGAUAUGCGCAUGCGUGCUGGGAGCGAGCGGAGCGGGCACAGGCCCUGGUUUAAUAAGCUGGAGGCUGAGCUCGCGGCUAGAGGGGUGCGCACGAGACUCGGUCCCGGGAUUAAAUUGUGCAGAGGGCCACAUCAAGGCAAGUCUGCAGCAGAGUAUGGAGUUGAACUGAGCUCUCCCAAGUUCCAGCCUCGUAUCCUUGCUACUGGGCUACUGGUCACUGACGUACAGUGUGGAAUUCCUGCUAAAGUGGUUAUGAUUAUACAAAGAGUGGUGUUGAACUCACGUCCUGGUAAAAAUGGUGUGCCAGUGGCAGAAAACUUCCGAAUGGAAGCGGUCCCCCUACCAGAUAAAAUCACAGAUGGACAGGUACGAGCUCGAACCCUCUACCUUUCUGUGGACCCUUACAUGCGCUGCCGCAUGAAUGAAGACACAGGUUCUGAUUACCUCCUACCCUGGCAGUUGUCUGAGGUGGCUGAUGGUGGGGGCAUUGGGAUUGUGGAGGAAAGCAAACAUGCUAACUUUGCUAAAGGAGAUAUUGUAACUUCUUUCAACUGGCCCUGGCAGACAAAGGUCAUUCUAGAUGGAAGACUCCUCCAAAAGCUAGAUCCACAACUUGUCGAUGGACACCUCUCCUACUUUCUUGGUGCAGCUGGCAUUACUGGGCUGACCUCCUUUCUAGGAAUAAAAGAGAAGGGACAUGUGACUCUGGGUGCCAAUCAGACAAUGGUUGUCAGUGGGGCUGCUGGUGCCUGUGGUUCUGUGGCUGGUCAGAUUGGCCGCCUAGAGGGCUGCUCUAGAGUGGUAGGAAUCUGUGGUACAGAUGAGAAGUGCUCCAUUUUGGUCUCAGAAAUGGGGUUUGAUGCGGCUAUCAAUUACAAGAAGGGGAAUGUGGCAGAGCAGCUGCAUGAACUCUGCCCAGCUGGCGUGGAUGUUUAUUUUGAUAAUGUUGGUGGAGACAUCAGUGAUGCAGUUAUAAAUCAGAUGAAUCAGAACAGCCAUAUCAUCCUAUGUGGACAGAUUUCGCAGUAUAAUAAAGAUGUACCUUAUCCUCCCCCACUGCCUCCUGCAGUAGAAGAAAUACGGAAAGCAAGGAAUAUCACAAGGGAGAGGUUUCUGGUAUUAAACUAUAUGGACAAACACGAAGCUAGUAUUCUACAGCUCUGUCAGUGGAUCAAAGAGGGGAAACUGAAGGUCAAAGAGACUGUGGUAAAAGGCCUGGAAAACAUUGGGGGGGCUUUCCAGUCCAUGAUGACCGGAGGCAACACUGGAAAACAGAUAGUGUUAAUUUCUGAAUGAAAAUCUUUGCCUCUUCAUGUGAGGGUGGCCCAACUGGAAAAAUAAACUUGACUCUUUAUUUUGAUGACUGAAUGAGCAUUAUUUUAUUUAAAUUAAUCUUCCCUUUUGUUACAGCAGGCACCAACAACUGAAAAACCCCUAAACUUGGAUAGCAGAGAUUUUUGGACAUGAGUACAUUCGAAAAACUCUUCCACUGAGAAACUGAAACUUGUAUCUGAAGCCAGGCUGUAUAAUACUUGAAAUACUUCCAUUUCAUAGCCUGUAACACUCUUCUACUGGUCCAUUUAGUCCAUUUCCUUACACAGUGGCGUUUUACAUCAUGCCUACAAGUCAAGACAACAGAGCAUUAUUACAUGAAUCCUACGUUAUUCACACAAAGUGCCGGCCUUCAGUUUGUACACCAUUGUGAGUUUCAUCAGGGAUAAAUGCAGCUUUAGAUUUAACCUUAUGCUUAAUCUUCAACUUCUAUUUGCUUUUCAGGAUUAAAAGAGGAAAAAAAUAAGUCUUUGUAUCAGA